UUUAUGAAAAUUAGUAAUGUUCUUCCUCUCUUUUAGAGUGGUCACAACAACCAUAUGUGGCAGGGAAAUGAAACACAAAUUUCAGAAUUUCUUCUUCUGGGAUUAUCAAAGGAUCCUGAAUUGCAACCCUUCCUCUUUGGGCUUUUCCUGUCUAUGUACCUCAUCACAGCCUUUGGGAACCUUCUCAUCAUCCUGGCCACCAUCACAGACUCUCACCUCCACACACCCAUGUACUUCUUCCUCUCCAACCUGUCCUUUGCUGACAUUGGUUUUAUCUCCACAACCAUCCCAAAGAUGCUCGUGAAUAUACACACACAGAGCAAAGUCAUUACCUAUGCUGACUGUAUCACUCAGAUGUCCUUUUUCAUGCUCUUUGGAGCCUUGGAGGACUUCCUCCUCACAGUGAUGGCUUAUGACCGUUUCUUGGCCAUCUGUUGCCCCCUUCACUACCCAGUCACCAUGAAUCUCCAGCUCUGUGCACUGCUGGUUCUGGGGUCCUGGGUCAUGAGUGUCCUGCAUUCCCUGUUACAAACCAUAAUGGUCUUACAGCUGUCUUUUUGUGCUCAUUGGCAAAUCCCACAUUUUUUCUGUGAACUUAACCAGAUGGUCCAACUUGCCUGUUCUAAUACCUUUUUCAAUGACAUAGUGAUGUAUUUUGAAUCUGGGCUGCUGGGUGGGGUUCCACUUGCUGGGAUCCUUUACUCUUAUUGUAAGAUUGUUUCCUCCAUACAUGCAAUCUCAUCAGCUCAGGGAAAGUAUAAAGCAUUUUCCACUUGUGCAUCUCACCUUUCAGUUGUCUCUUUAUUUUAUUGUACAGGUCUAGGAGUGUACCUUAGUUCUAUUGCUACACAUCAUGCACAUGCAGUUGCACCAUUCUCAGUGAUGUAUGCCAUGGUAACACCCAUGCUGAACCCCUUCAUCUACAGUAUGAGGAACAAAGAUAUAAAGUGGGCUCUGAAAAAAAUGUUUGGAGGGAAACCAUAUAAACUUCCUUUGUCUUGGGGUUGA